AUGGCGUCCAAGCCUUGCAUAGACCUUGCGACUGGCUUCCCCGCCAACAGCCUCCUCCCAGCGGAACCGUUGAAAGAGGCGGCAACGUUAGCCCUCUCCAACCCGGUAGUCUGGGAGGAUGGAAUGGUUUAUGGCGCCGAUCCUGGAUAUUUCCCUCUUCGAGAGAAUAUCGCCAAAUGGCUGGCAGAGUUCUACGCCCCGCAGCAUGAGGUUUCCGCGGACCGCAUUUGCAUCACUGGCGGUGCCAGUCAGAACUUGGCUUGUAUCUUGCAGGUGUUCACUGAUCCGAUCAAGACACGGAAGAUCUGGGUGGUCGAGCCCUCCUACUAUCUUGCAUUCCGCAUCUUCGAGGAUGCAGGUUUCCAUGGGCGGUUCUAUGGGGUCCCAGAGGAUAUGGAGGGAGUGGAUAUUGCUUUCUUGGAGAGGGCUCUAGAGGCGGAUGAGAAAGCUUUCCGUGCUUCUCAAACCACGAACCAACCUGAGUUUAAACCCCCGUAUCCCUACCGCAAGAGCUAUUCCCAUGUCAUCUACUGUGUACCAACUUUUGCAAACCCCUCGGGCGCCGUCAUGACUCGCGCUCGACGGGAAGCGCUUCUUCGACUGGCACGGAAGUAUGAUGCCCUAAUCAUCAGCGAUGAUGUGUAUGAUUUUGUCCAUUGGGAUGCAGAUUCGUCGGCUGAGCCUACCACCGGCCGCGCCAGCCUGAAAGCCAUCCAACCCCGCUUCGUUGAUCUUGAUAUGAUUUUGGAUGGCGGUCCUCAAGACGAAUUCGGAAACUGUGUCAGCAACGGCAGUUUUAGUAAGAUCCUUGGACCGGGCUGUCGUGUCGGCUGGGCUGAGGGGACUCCAAAGUUCACCUAUGGCCUGUCCCAAGCGUACGUUAUCUCCCUUCAGAUCGCGAUCUGUCUGAGGCCAUGCUUAUUUGUGUCUAGUGGUUCCACUCGCUCAGGAGGAGCUCCCUCGCAUCUCAUGUCCACCUUUGUGAAUGAGCUUCUCAUCAAGGACUUUGUCUCAACCAACAUCGCCUCGAACCUCCUUCCAACCUACAAGCGCCGGUAUUCUAUCCUAGAAUCCGCUGUCCGUACACAUCUCCUGCCUCUUGGUGUCACCUUCAGCCCUGUACAAAACUCGAGAUCCUCAGCAGGAGGGUUCUUUCUCUGGCUGCAGCUACCCUCGCCUCUGACAGCAGCGCAGGUGUCUGAAGCUGCAGCGAGGGAGGAGAAUCUUCGCUUUGGAAUGGGACAAUUGUCUGCACUUCCCGAAGGCAAUGAGCGAUGUGGCGGAUAUGAGGACAUGAUCCGGUUAUGUUUCUCAAGAAUUGACGAGGACCGCCUGACGGAGGGAGUGAUUCGACUGGCGGCUGUUUUGAGAAAGUUGCAGCCUUAG